AUGAUAUUAAAUACUGAUGCUUUUAAGAUCCAUACUUCACUCCAACUUAAUCCUCAUGCAAAAACAUCUAUAAAUACGGAAAUUCUAAGCUCUACUUCUUCAUCCACCACUCAAGCAGAGUUCUUCAUAAUUUGUUUUGCUAAGGAAAUGGCCAUCUCAAAAAGUUCCCUUCUUUUUAGCUUUACAUUAGCUAUUCUUCUUCUUAUUGCAUUUGAUGUCUCAGCUCAGACCGGUCAAGAUCAGCAACAUGUGAAUACUGAUAAAGGAGGCAGCUCCGGCAUGGGAAGCGGACGUGAAAAGAGUAACGGAGGCGGAUAUAGCAUGGGAGGUGGAUACGGAAAUAAAGGCGGAUACAACAUGGGAGGCGGAUACGGAAAGGGAAAUGAAGGCGGAUACGGAAAUAAGGGCGGAUACAACAUUGGAGGUGGAAUGGGAAAUGAAGGCGGAUAUGGAAAUAAAGGCGGAUACGGCAUGGGAGGUGGAAAUGGAAAGGGAAAUGAAGGCGGAUACGGAAAUAAGGGCGGAUACGGCAUGGGAGGUGGAUACGGAGAGGGAAAUGAGGGCGGAUACGGAAAUAAAGGCGGAUACGGCAUGGGAAAGGGAGGCGAUUACGGUAAAGGUCAGUAAUGUGAAUAAACAAAACUGUUUCCGGGGGGAGAACUUUGUAGCAUGUUUUGAACCCAAAUAAAUACAAAGGGAAUGUAUAUAUAUAUGUAAUGUAUAGUUUAAUAAGGGUUUUUAGAGGCUUACAUGCCCUCCCAUGUGCAAGUUUCCUACAGAAGUUUGGUCGCAAUGAUUGAAUUUGAUCAUUCUUGUCAUUGUACUUACUACUGGUUCCAUGUAAUAUUAUUAAUAAACUUUGCUAUCUAAAUAAAUAAUUGUUGUCUUU